GGCGCCGGGGCGGCGAGCGGGAGCCGCGCGUUGCUUCCGCCCACCGCCGGAUGUCGCCGCGAGGGCCGCUCAGCCGACGGGCGCGUCGUUGUCGGAGCGCGGCGCCGGGCUGCUCGCUGCCGCCGUUCCCCUCCCUUCCUCGCCUUCCUCCUCCUCCUUCCCCCGCCGCCGCCCGCAGCCCUGCCCCUUCCCGCCCGCCCGCCGGGGCUGACAGUUUAUUGUAGGAGCCUCUGUGAAGCUGUUUUUCUGAAGUAAUGCCAAUAGAAAGUGGAAGUUGUGCAUCUGCUCGCCAAGCAAAGCAGAAACGCAAAUCGCACAGUCUUUCGAUCCGAAGAACCAACAGUUCUGAGCAAGAACGGGCAGGACUGCAGAGAGACAUGUUGGAAGGGCAGGAUUCUAAACUACCAUCUUCUGUUCGGAACACACUCCUUGAACUUUUUGGACAAAUAGAGCGGGAGUUUGAAAAUUUAUAUAUUGAAAAUUUGGAAUUACGUAGAGAGAUUGAUACGCUUAAUGAGCGUUUAGCAGCCGAAGGACAGACAAUUGAUGGAGCUGAACUGAGCAAAGGACAACUGAAAACAAAAGCCAGCCAUAGUACCAGUCAACUUUCUCAGAAAUUAAAGACAACUUACAAGGCAUCUACUAGCAAGAUUGUAUCCAGCUUUAAAACUACAACAUCAAGAGCAAUCUGUCAGCUGGUAAAGGAAUAUGUUGGCCACAGGGAUGGAAUUUGGGAUGUCAGUGUUGCGAAAACUCAGCCAGUGGUUUUGGGAACUGCCUCUGCUGAUCAUACUGCUUUGCUGUGGAGCAUAGAAACGGGGAAGUGCCUUGUCAAGUAUGUAGGGCAUGUUGGAUCAGUAAAUUCGAUAAAGUUUCAUCCAACAGAGCAAGUGGCUCUUACAGCAUCUGGAGACCAGACAGCUCACAUCUGGAGAUACAUAGUACAGUUGCCUACACCUCAGCCAACUGCAGACUGCAAUCAAGUGUCUGGAGAAGAUGAAUUUGAGUUCUCAGAUAAAGAUGAACCUGAUGGAGAUGGAGAUGGUUCUAGUGAUUGUCCCACUGUCAGAGCCCCCUUAACUUCACUCAAAAGUCAUCAAGGAGUGGUCAUAGCAGCUGACUGGCUUGUUGGGGGGAAGCAAGCAGUGACGGCUUCGUGGGAUAGGACAGCAAACCUGUAUGAUGUAGAGACUUCUGAAUUAGUCCAUUCUCUUACAGGGCAUGACCAAGAGCUAACACAUUGCUGUACACAUCCCACCCAGCGUCUUGUGGUGACAUCAUCACGUGAUACAACUUUCCGUCUGUGGGAUUUCAGAGAUCCUUCUAUCCAUUCUGUGAAUGUCUUUCAGGGCCACACAGACACUGUGACAUCUGCAGUUUUCACUGUGGGAGACAAUGUUGUUUCUGGUAGUGAUGACCGCACUGUAAAAGUUUGGGAUUUGAAAAACAUGAGGUCUCCUAUUGCUACCAUUCGUACAGAUUCUGCAGUAAAUAGGAUUAACGUAUGUGUUGGCCAAAGAAUCAUUGCCCUUCCACACGACAACCGACAGGUUAGGUUAUUUGACAUGUCAGGAGUGCGAUUAGCACGCCUCCCUCGCAGUAAUAGACAGGGCCACAGAAGAAUGGUGUGCUGCUCAGCCUGGAGUGAAGACCACCCAAUAUGUAACCUCUUCACCUGUGGAUUUGAUCGUCAGGCUAUUGGCUGGAACAUCAAUAUCCCUGCUUUGUUACAAGAAAAAUGAAAUGCUGGAAGAAUUUUUGCAUUUUAUGUUGCUGUGGACUGCUGUACUUCUGCAGACUUCUCUGAAUACCGGUCUGCUAUUGGUCUAAAAGCUCUUCCUUAAUUGGAAACUUCAGCAGAUGUUGUUCUUGUUACCACAUUGUGCACAGUUUGCAUGAGUUGUACAGAAAAUGUGAUUUUUUUUUUUUAAAUUAGUUUGUCCUGUGUAUGAACUUUUAUAUUUUGGCAUCCACUGGUCAAUAUGUUCACUGUUGCA